CACUGCUGCAGGCUCUCAGGCCGUUGCACUUUCCAUUACACCACAGUGCUGCGCUGAUCUAGACUCCUUACUCCAAAUGGUACCAGAUCGAAGGCCAGCAGGACCAUCGCCUUCCAUUUUCUGGACAAUAUCUUCCUUAAAUGAGCUUGUAAUUAAUUAUAAGCCGGUUUAUCUCGCACUAUAUUCUCCAGCUCCGGAGCUCUGAGCCCGCAUUUUUGCGGUGGGUCUUUCGAAGCCAGGUUCCCCGGGAUCCUCCCACUGUAGCUCCAUCAGCCUGUAACUGUUGACAUCACCAUAUUCCCUACUUUGGGGCAGGCUCCUCCCAGAGGCGCUUCCCUUCAGCCGCAGUGACAGCUGAGCCCCGAUAGGAAGCGAUCUCUUUGCAGCGCUGGGCCCAGCUCCGGCCUUCUUCUGCCCUCCCCUCCUCUCCCAGGCCGGCUCAGUUAGGCUGGCAGUAUCGGGUUACAGGAGCCACUGCUGCGUCCUGGGCACUAGGGGGUGGGGCGGAGGGGUGGGCAGAGCAGUAGGCACUAGGGCUGGGCACGCACUUGGCCAGGCAGAGGCGGACGGACCGUGCGGACACAGUCUUGGUAAACGAUGGCUGAUGACUUCGGCUUAUUCUCCUCGGGCGGGGGGCCCCCAGUGCCAGCCGAGGAAGACCCAGCAGCAGCCUUCCUGGCCCAGCAGGAGAGUGAGAUCGCGGGCAUUGAAAACGAUGAUGAAGGUUUCGGAGGCGCUGAGGGAGCCCUGCAGCAACCGGCGGCUGAAAAUGGGACUGGUAUUAUGGACAUGGGGACUACAGUCAAUGGAGAUAUGUUCCAGGAAGCCAAUGGUCCUUCAGAUGGCUAUGCUGCUGUGGCCCAGGCAGAUAGGCUGAGUCAGGAACCAGAGAGCAUCAGAAAAUGGAGAGAGGAGCAGAAGAAACGGCUGCAAGAGCUGGAUGCAGCUUCGAAGGUGACUGAGCAAGAGUGGCGGGAGAAGGCAAAGAAGGAUCUGGAAGAAUGGAAUGUGAGACAGAAUGAGCAGAUGGAGAAAAACAAAGUCAGCAACAGGAUCGCUGACAAAGCAUUCUACCAGCAACCAGAUGCCGACAUCAUAGGUUACGUAGCAUCAGAAGAAGCUUUCCUGAAGGAGUCUAAGGAAGAGCUACCUGGCACAGAGUGGGAGAAAGUGGCCCAGCUGUGUGACUUCAAUCCCAAGAGCAGCAGGCAGUGCAAGGAUGUAUCUCGCAUGCGUUCUGUGCUCAUCUCCCUGAAACAAACCCCACUGUCCCGCUAGGCACCCAUCCAGGGUUACCAAAGAGCAGAGGAUGAGGAGACUGGGGCAGAGGCCUAAGAAAAAAAAGAGAGGAGAUUAGGAGAAGCAAAUUUGUUUGCUCUGGAAACCACUAUCAAGUUCUCCUCCAAAAGCCACAGCACAAAAUGUUUAUUAGUUAGUUCUCUCCCAUCCUUCCAGGGCAAAGGAGCCUCCUCCCUGGUUUCUUCUUUCCUUCUCAAACCCACCUUCUUAGGUGUCAUUUGCCACAUCAUGACCAUCAAGUCCCCACAGUUCUUUUAUUUUUCUUGGCUUAAAGGAUGUAUUAUUAACUCUUUUUACACUUAUUUAUUAUCAUUCUUGUAUCUUUGGAAGCCAAUCUAUGUCAGGCUGCCAUUUGUAUUAGGUACCAUCCUACAACCUGUGUGACCUUUGCAAAGUCCUUUCCUUUCUCUAGGUUUCCGUUUACUCAUUUAUAAGACAAGCAGGCUUUACCAGAUAACCUCAAGAUCAUUUCUUGUUCUAAAUCAUAUUAAUCUUGCCCAGCUCUAUUACCUUCAAAUACAGCAGAAUCCAAGAGCAGAUACCAUUUAAAAUCUGUGGGCCCCCCAAACAGAGCCUUCUCCAGCCUCUGCUGUUAUCCCCAGGCAUCUGCUUUAACUCUCUCCAGUUUUCUGUGUGCAUUUCAAUGGUUAGCGUCCAUUUUAAUGGGAAAUGCUGGAGCAUGUCUGAAGGUAACUCUUCCAGACCCAUUUUGUGAAAAUGGAGAAAUAAUCAACCAAGAAGUGGUGAUGAAUCAAUCGAUCAACCAGUGAGAAUUUAAUUGCCAGAUGCUGUGUUAGACAAUGGAGAUACAAAUAUAUCCUUACCCUCAAGGAACAGAAGUUCCUUAAGAGAUAUGGCAUUUUCACAGAUAAGCAAAAAAAAAAAAUAAAUAAAUGCAAAAGUAUUUUGAGGAUAAGGUGAAAACAAAGGAAAAGAAAUGGAAAUGGGGAGAAUUUAAGGGAGGGAAAGAGUAGAAGAAGCAAGGCUAGUAUGUGUGCUCUAUUGGUGGUUUCCUAUAGAACUUAGCUGAGCAAAAAGGAUGAUCCUAGCCCUAUAAAAAUUUUUAAUCUCUUUCAGGUUCUGCCAGGUCUCUGACUCAAAACUGCCACCCCAGGCCUCCCUAAAAAAAGACUAAAAUUUCUUUGGAUCGGAAGAGGUAGCUACAAUGAUCAAUGCUGGAUAUUCACCAGAUAUCAAUUUAUACAUACUGCUGCCCCCAUUACCAAUUACAUUGUCCAUCCCUUAAGCCCUUUGCCUUAUAAGGGGCUAAGAAAAGCAUCUGGUUCUGUUGUUGUUUUCUUUUUCUGACAGCCUAGACAGUGUUUUGAAUUAAGGUGUCUAUCUUGGGCUUGAUAUUUUUGGUUCAUUUACUAGCUGAGCUCAUUUCUACUACAUUUCUACUACUUUCUACAUUCUACUACUACAUUUCCUCAGUAACUGGCAUUCUUGACUUUUCCCUGGCUAUAACCCCAGCCUUCUUGAGAAGAGCCCAGGUCUCCUGGCUGAGCAAAACCUCAGCCUCUGCUUUGGUCAUAGUUUUCACCCCCCUCCUUGGAUAAUCAAUCAACAAAUAUUUAUUGUGCACCCACGUGAACCAGGCACUGCUAAGUGCUAAGGAUACAAAGACAAAAGAUAGCUCAUGCACUCAAAGCUUACAUCCUACCAGGGAGAUAGCCCAUAUUCACACACAUAAAAUAAAUAUAAUAUAUACACAAAAUUAAUACAAAGUGAUUAUGGAGUAGCAACCAAAGUCUUUGGUGGAGAAAAGCACUUCAGCCGAGCCUUGAAGAAUGCCAGUGGUUCUGAGAGGUGAAGAGAGAGAGAGAAUACUCAUUAUAGAGUACAGUCAGUGCAAGGUGAGAAAAAGGUCCUGUACUAGUACAUUAGUUUGGCUGGAAUAGAAAUUGUUUAAGGAGAGGUAACAUGUAAUCAAUCUCAAAAAAUUUCUUCACACAUUUUAGAAGCACCUGCUGUAUGCAAAACUCUGUGCUUCAAGGUGGGAGAGAUUUGAAGGAUGUGUGGAGCUAACAGUUUAGAAGAGGAACAGCACACAUGCAGACAAUAAGAAUCCAUAUGUGAGAUGAGCAGGAAGAUCAUUAACCAGGGGCUCAGGAGCAGCUUCCUGGAGGAGCCAGUGUAAAGUUUUCUAGAUAGUAGCUCUCUCAGCUAAGCAGUUGAAAGGUGAGCUGAAGGUAUAGGAGACAGCUAGUGUUCAACACCUCUACUUUAUACUUCCUCAGUGGUAGAUAUCAACUCCUUUUUUCUGAACUUUAACACGCUUUCUCUGACCAUCCAGAAGAACUGGUAGUGCAUGUCUGAGAUUGAAAGGCUGGACUGAUUUGAGAGUCAUCUUUGGGAGCAGCACUCUUCCUCCAAGUCUGGCCUUUAGCACUUUGGUAAUUUCCUAGUGCUCAAAGAUUUCUUUCAUCCAAUUCUACCUGGCUUACAUCCUUGCUAGAUGAAAUGUUAUUCACUAUGAUGAGAUUCCCAGGACCUAGGUACCAAUGAUCAUUGGCAGAAAAUUCUGAAGGAAAUUCAUCCAUGCUCUAGCUUUCCUCCUUUACCUACCUUCUACUACCCUGAUAUAAUCAUCAGCAAUAUCAUAUGCAACUGCUGAGUCAAUGGGUAGAAACAUCAUAAAGGCAAUUUCAAUGAGUUCUAUCAUUGCCUGGCUUUUUGUCUCUGUGAGCCUAUUUCGAAUCCUUUAAAAAUAAACUGAAACCACAAAAAGAAAAAAAAAGUAAUUUCUGGGAUGCACCAGCCAAUAAAUUAAUAUUAAUGUGCAAUGGGUCAGGCAUUGUGCUAAGAGCUGGCAUAAAAAAAGAGGCAAAAAGACAGUCCCUACCCUCAAGGAGUUCAUAGUCUAAUGAGAAGACAAGUUAUAUACUGGAAAAAAUAGGAGAUAAUAGAGGGAAAUCACUAAAAUUAAUGAGGUUGGGAAAGACUUCCUAUAAAAUAGGAGAUUUUAGUUAAGAUUUAAAGUUGGGGAAGAUCAUAGGCAGAACUGAGGAGGGAGAGCAUUGCAGGUAGGGUGGGCAACCCGAAUAAAAUGCCCAGAGAUGCAGUGUCCUGUUUGUGGUAGAGCCAGGAAGCCAGAGGAUUUUUCUGUUUAUCCACAUUGGGCACCUGGCUGUAGCUGUCCCUCCAGCCAAUUCAAAUCUCACCAAUCAGCAAUCAGAAGUGAAGACCAGGAGAGCCUAGAUACAAAAUGGCCAGGUACUACAAAGGCUUUGAGGUGGGGGCUUAAACCAAACUCAGAUUAGAAGUCAGAAGAUAAUCAUGCAAACUUAUGGAACACUUUGAUUUCUUCUACAUUUAUUGAGCACAUGCCACAUGUAGAGCCUUAUGCUCAGGGUUAGUCUUAUAGUUGGAGUAACUCAUGAUCCAGUCACUUCCCUCCCAGAAAAGUCCAAAGUGCUAUAUAAAGUUCCCAAGAAGUCACUCCACUGACAAGACUCAGAAGACUUGGGGAGGUAUUUGAUUGUGCUUUGUGAUUACAAAGCACUUUACAUACCUUAUUUCAUUUGAUUCUCACAAUGAUCUCAUGAGGUAGCCAGUGCAAGUGUUAUUGCUCUCAUUUUAUAAGUGAGCAAACUGAGGCCCAGAAAAGGAAAGUGAAUGGUCCCAAGGUCACACAGCUUCUAAGUAGAAGAGCUGGAACUUGAACCCAGGUCUUGAGAAAAGUGCUUUAUAAGCUGCAAAGUCAUAUAAAAAUGUUAUUAUUCUGA